AAACAUCCCACAGUUGAGUCCUGACACAACGUCCGGAGGUUGCCGGAUAGAGAGGGUUAUCGCGUUCCGGGAUAACCGUUCCUUCGGAGGAUUAUGUUUCGCUCUUUGCUAACAGCCUUCUGUUCGCUGCUCGUGGCAAGCGGAUCGUACGGGCUGAAACUUAUGAGUCUCGACGUCCCCACAGCAGUGAUGCAAGGUGACUCCAUCUGGCUGAACUGUACCCUCGAUCUCGAAUCGGACGAUCUCUAUUCUGUCAAGUGGUAUAAGGACGAUGUGGAAUUUUAUCGACAUUUACCCCAGGACAGCCCUUCAGGACAAAAAUACGACAUCCCGGGUAUCCGCUUGGACUUGCAGAAAUCAGUGCAAGGCCACGUAUAUCUCACGAAAACAGAUUUGGAUACUGAAGGAAUUUACAGAUGUGAAGCUUCAGCCGAAUCACCAACUUUUCAAACUGUAGAGGCAGAGAAACCCCUCAAAGUGUAUGUGAUUCCUCAAGAAGAUCCUGAAAUUGUUGGAAGUCAAUCCAGGUACGAAGUCGGAGAUUAUGUCAAUGUCACCUGUAAAUCUGGCCCUUCAAAACCUGCAGCAGCUCUUAAAUGGUAUAUUAAUGGAAAAGAGGCUGAUGCAGACCAGGAAAUUUCUUAUCCAACCAUAAAUCACGUAAACGGCCUUCAGACGUCACUAUUAGGCUUGCGGUUUAUGGUGAAACCGAAGGAUUUAUUUCAAGGUGGUGCCAUCACACUCAAAUGCACAGCCACCGUCUCACAAACCUACUCUACAUCCAGUGAGGAACUGAUUGUCGGCGAGAAAUUUGUUGGCACUGCUCCCGUAAUGAAUACUCUGACCGUUAUAACAAAGGACGGUCCUCUCAUCACUGGAGGGGAAUCUCAAUAUCGUGUUGGAGAGAUGCUUAACUUUAAUUGCUCAUCAGCAAAAUCAAGGCCAGCCCCGACACUUCAUUGGUACUUAAACGAAGAAUUGGUGAGCGACGAGUCCCUCAUCCAUUACCCAACCAUCCAGCAUCCAGACGGCGAAGAGACGUCUAUUCUGGGUCUCCGUCUGAAAGUUCAACCAAAGCACCUGGACGCCAACGAGGAGGUGCGUCUCAAAUGCACGGCCACACUGUCUCGUGUCAUAAAUGUCAGAAGUGACGAGAGGACGGUUGGAGGAAAUCACAGGAAUUCUGGAUUACAGGUGGCUGAGAAUUAUGGAAAGGUUUCCGAGCGAAAUCGCUCCAGCUCAAGAUCAAGUGCCGGUCUCAUUGUGAAAAUUGCUGCAUUGUUCACAAUUCUCGCAUUCCUUUGACAAAGUGAUGAUUUCUGUUGUGCAUGAAGACUUUAUCCAGAAAGUAAAGAAGCGGAUUUCGGCUUUCUGCUUUGCCAUUUCUUUGACAGGCUAUUUCUGUCGGACCAGCAAACAUUCUGAAUGCUGUACAGAAAAGAUUUUAAAGCUUAAAAAAGUGAUAUGAAUGGAUGCUUUUAAUGAAAGAUAAUUGUUCUAUUCAUUCUGAUAUGGACCAGAUGUUUCUGUUAAAAAGUGGUGCCAUAAGCAACUGAAGGAAGAAAUGUUUAAAAGUUUUCUACAUAAAAGAUGCACGUAUAAUACGGUGAUAAAUAACUUUUUACGAUGAAAGAAAUGAUUGUUGUCUUAUGAGUGAUUGCUAUAAGUACAGAUGGAGAUUAUUUGGAUACAGCAAACCGUUAGGAAUACUUUCAUAAAUUUUGCAAUUAGGAAUGUCUUUUCAAAUAUUUUUGCAUUCCAGUCAACUGGAGAAAAUAUAGAAAUAAUUUCAUUUUGAAUUUAUAAAUGUUUCAUUUUGAUGUAUUACAUUGAAGAUAUACUUUCGAAGAAGAUUAGCAAGGAAAUCCCAGAUAUAGACACAAAUUCAAAGAUAAAAAGUUGAAGAUAUCUGAGGAUUAUAAAACAGUAAUUUUCGAGUUAAUUUCUAUUACUAAUGUACUUUUAUUUAUGCUAUUCUAAAAAUUAAUUAAAAUAGAAUUAAUUUUUCCUUUUUUAUUCUAAAAAUAUUAAUAUUUCAUGGAUUAUAUUUUGUUAUCAUCGUAAAGUACUUUUCAAGCUACUGAAAGUUCAUAGCUGAACUUUUUAAGCCUAUUUAUUAUUUAUAUUUUGCAUAAUUGAAGUUUAAUUCAUAUAACUUACAUAACAGAAUACCAUUUGAGCGUAAUUUUCAUAUUUCGAAUUUUUUUCGUCUUUUUUAAAACAAUGAAGAUUUACUAAUUAGUUCAAAUAAUAUAGAAAAAUGUCAGUUGCUUUAUUUUGAGCCAUUUGUAUUUUUAUAUUCGUAACAUGUUUUUUUCAGAUGCGAUAAUAUACACUACCGUUCGUAUGUUUACAUAAAAAAAUAUAAAAGUUCGUGAACAAUUGCUAAUUCCCUAGCCAUUAGAUUUAAACAUUUAGUUACAAAUGGAAAAUUGGUUUAAAUAAUAUAAUUAAUUAUAUUUUAUAUUAUUUGAGUCAUUAGAUAGACUUAUGAAAAAUUACGAAAUAUAAAUUUUUAUUCAAUUUCCAAAUCCUAUUACCAAUAUAUAUUCAGUAAAAUAUUCUUUACGAACUAAUAUUUUUUUAAAAAGAGCAAUCAGCUCUUAUGCCAGUGAAAUUAACUGAAUUAUCAGAUUCUUAAUAUCCUUGUUUUAGAACAUUGCAAUGGAUGCUUCCAGAAAAGUUAUAUAUUCAACUGUUUCCCUUUCGUCCACACGGCCGCUGAUUGGUCAAAAAUUAUGGAAUUCAAAGUCUGAAAACUCUAUCUAUUUUGAUCUAAGAACUUUUUUUUCUGACAGUCUUUAGUGUGAUAAGAAUAUUUUACUAAGUUAGUCUUAUAGAACAAGGAAAUUAUACUAAUAUUUAUGUUCCGUAAUUUUUCUAUAAUUACAUUUAUUAACUAGAAAAACAUUAAACAUCUUUAAAGAAUCUUCCAUCUGAAACUAAUUAUAUAUAUAUUAUCUAAGGCUAGGAAAUUAGCUUAAGGAUUAAUUAGAGUGGAUAUUAUAUAAUUAAUCAUUUUCGUCUAGGAAUGCAAGUUAGCAUAUAUAUUUAUCAAAUUAGUAAUACUGACCUUCUAUUAUUUCAAAAAACGUUCAUUUCGUAAUAAGUAUUAUCUACUUUUUAUAUUAAGCGAAUAAUUGUAUUUUAAUCGAACCUAGAACACCGAAAAAUAUCUUCAAUGUCAUUUUAUUUCACUAUUGGAAUUCUAAAAAUGAAAUGCUAAUGCGGAACAUAUAUGAAUUAUGUUAAACCUACAUCAAUAUAAUUAUAUUAUUUCAGACUAUUUAUUGAUUAUUUUCUUUACAGUUUUUUUGUAUAAAAGUUUAGAAUUACUUUAAAAUUAUACUGCUAGAAAACAAACUUUUUCAUUGCCUUAUUUGGGAUUAAGAAUCUUUAUUUUAGAACGGUACACAGAGAAUGAUUUCAUUAAAGAAAUUCUUUUUUUUUUUU